CUAAUGGGGUGGCAUCCCCAGAACCCGCUGGCUACAGGCGAGGACAGACAGACAAGGAUGGACAGAUUCCGGGUGACCGCUGGCCCCGUCUCCCUUCUGGCGGCUCUGGUCCUGCAGCCGGUUCAGGCCCAACCCUGCUUUGCCCAGAGGAAGCCGUGGCUGGUGGGGCUGGGGGCCAUGUUGGCCGCCCUCUUCCUCCUCUUCAUCCUCACAGUGGUCUACGCCAUCUGGUGCAGCCAGUCCCGUGACAGGUGGGCCCUGCUCCUGCCCUGCUCCCGCCUGGGUCCCUCCCCUGUGGAACCUGAGGGCUCAGAGCCCCUUCCCUCCAGAGCGUCCCAGGAGGCAGGGCAGGGCCCCGGGGCGGGGGGAUUCUUUGAUUCAGAACCCAGGGGGCCUCAUCGAACCUCACUGUCUUCCCUCCGGACUCUCUGCCUGAAAAGCAAGGGGGCUUCCCUGAGUCCCCAGGGCUCACGUGUGCGUCAGAUGGGAUCCCUAAGGUCCUCAUCACCUCCCUUCAAACCCCACGCAUUUAUCCGUCCCUCCGUCCGGUCCUGUGUGUGUGUCCAUCCCGCUGUCUGCACCUCCGUCCACCUUCCCACCCACCCUGCAUCCGCACGUCCAUCUGUCCAUCCGUCCACCCAUCCACUCAUUCGCCUAGCCGCCCACGGAUCGGCCUGUCUCCCUGGCUCUCUGCCAGUUCCCUCACCCACGGUCCUGAGACCCAGGAGGCCGGGGCAGCCGGAUGUGAAGAGCCAGGUUCGGGCUCCCGGAGCUCCCGCGUGGGCUCCUGAGCGUGCUUCUUGUUCAAACAGCACCGGUGCCCUAACCUUUCUGAGCUCAGCUCAGCUUCUGCACGGUGGGAGCCACCGGAGUGCAGGCUCAGAGGUUCAGGGGGGAUCGCGAGGCCUGGACACGAGAUUCUUAUGACGUGGGGUUUUCUGGAACCUUGCUUCCGCAGCAAGAAAGAGAAGGAAGAGGGGACUGCGAGAGAAGAGGGGAAAGAAGCCGAGGGCAACCGG